AUAUUGAUAAAUAUUGUCAACGAGACUAGCGAAAGUUGUACGGGCCGAACAGGAUGGCUCAACUACAGCAAUUUUUGAAGAAGCCAUUUCAUAUCGAGCGCCCUUUGGGCGAGGACAGCGUAUAUAAAUGGUCCGAAGUCUGGUGCAAUCCUGGAUUUCCUUUCGCCUGCUGGUCAUCAUAGAUAUCAUCCUAGGCUAUGCUCACGAAGGUAUGCACUUAUGACGCUGUUCCUGGAUACUUUGUUCAAGGUGAUCAGCCACCUUCCCCGGCAUCAAUAAUCGCAGUACCUCCACGGUUUGGACUUAAAAAUGACGGGGAAGAUGGUUGGCACGAUUUCAAAUCAACGAUCGACGAACUCAAUGCAACGGAUCCUGCGAAUGCGGAAUACAAAGUUUUAUUUCUAGGACGGCAUGGAGAGGGUUACCAUAAUCUUGGACGGAAGAAGUAUGGUAAAGAGGAAUGGAUGAGAUAUUACUCCCUUAUUGGUGGUGACGAUGAGAUGACAUGGGCACCGGAUGCACAACUCACCCCCCUCGGACACACGCAAGCUUAUGCUGUUCGUGACGCGUGGAAAGAAGAGAUUAAAUGCGGCAUUCCCAUUCCCCAGCGAUGCUAUGUCAGUCCACUGCGGAGAGCCCUGGAGACAUGGACUGAUAUAUUCAGCGGUAACGGACGUCAUACUGUACUUCCAGGCGAUCGACGCAUAGUGACCAUCGUCGAGAACUGUCGUGAGAGUUAUGGGCUUCAUCCAUGUGACAUGCGCUUGUCGAGGUCGAAGCUGCAAGCUUUCUUCCCUCCGCCUAUGUAUCAGUUCGAACCUGGCUUUACUGAGGAGGACGUUCUAUGGUCUAAGGACGAACGUGAAUGUGAGGAACAUAUCAGACAACGCGCAAGGUAUGUCCUGGACAUGAUCUUUGCAGAGCCUGAAAUAUAUGUAUCUGUCACCACACAUGGCUGGUUCAUACGAGGCCUCCUUGCAGAAAUUGACCACGCGCCGCACGCAAUCCCUACUGGAGGUGUACUUCCAGUCGUGAUCAGACGCGAAUGGCGGCACGUUAACUGAAUCGCGAUAGGAAGCCCAGGGUAUCUCACAAUGACAUCGCUUCCAACUUCACUGAUGACGGAUCGAAACUGUCGCCAAAUAUAUCUCAUUGGCAUUGU